AUGGCCCGUCCCGGCCCCCGUACCCGGCAGUGCGACCCACGCGCCACAGACAGCGCGCCCGACUUCCGGCACAGCCGCUCCGCGAGGCCCCGCCCCCGCGAAACGCGCGACGGGGGCGUGACCGGCGAGGACAUGCGCGCGAGCCCCGUGCAUUGUGUGCACCAUCGGAUCUCCAAGCUCCUGCGGCUGGCAGACGAGGGAGGCCACAAGGACAUCGCGGCAGGCAUCAUGCAGGCAGCCAGGGUCCAGCCAGCUGCUGUGGCCUCCCUCCUAGUCCAGAUCCUCCAGCAGGACGAGGUGUCUGUCAGGCAGAAGGUGGCGGCAUAUGAGGGCCUCAGGACCAUGCUGCUGGAGCAGCGGAUGGAGGCAGGACUUAUUGGCAGCCUCAUUGCAGUGGCCUCCCAGCAGAUGAGGGCGGCUCCAGAGGAGGCCUUGAGCGAGCUCCAGGCGGCUGCCAGUGAUACCUUGGCCGCCCUCGCUGGCAGCUACUUCGGGCCGGUGAUGCGGGAGCUCCAGAAACACCUGAGGCCCUUCGUGCUGCCAGCGGAGUUCACCCUCCUCACCCUGGGCAAGGUCAUGGCGGCCAGCGUGUACCGGUGCGUCCCUUUCCUGGGCAUCACCCUGACCACCAUGCAGACCGUGAUGCGAGGGAUAGAGGACAGCAGGAGACGAGGGGCCUUCUGCACCGCCCUGGAGUGCAUGUGUGGGGCAAUCAGCACUUACCUGAGGAGCUGGGAGAGGAGCACCUAUCCACAAAUCACGCUCCAGCGCUUCUCUGAAUACCUGCUCCCCAUGUACCAGGACCUCAUCAGCGCCUGGCUGCCCAGCGAGGACAUGGAGGUCAAACUGGCUGUCCUCCAGGCCCUGGGGCCUGUGCUGAACAUCCUGCUGCCCAGGAAGGAUCUACAAAACCAGAUCUACGGGGACAUCCCCCUGCUCCUGGCUCAGUAUGGGGAGAACAUCGAGGCCUUUUACAUCACCAAGGUUCUGGGACAGAUCUUGCAGGCCUCUUCCUCCAACAACCCGAUCCCAGAGGUGCAUGUGGAGGCCAUCUCCCAUACGCUGAGCUACCAGGUCACUUCCAAAGCGCAGUGGCCCUAUCGGCUCUGCAGGGAGAACCACACGGAGAUUUCCCACGUCUUCCUGCAACUCGCCCGUUCCCAUCCGUCAGAGCUGUUGGGGAUUUUCCAUCGAAAACUGGAGAUGGGCAGGGGAGAUACCCGUGUGGGGAUCCUGGCCGUGAUGUCAUACGUUAUUGGUGCUGAAGUUCUGGGGAUGGCCAGCUGGAAACACCUGUGCAUCAAAUCAGUGAAAUCAGUUCUUACCGACGGGAAUCCCAGGGUGAGGGUGGCUGUCCUGCAGGCCAUUGGCACCCUGGUCUCAGCAGGGUACCUGGAUAAGGUGGAGGGAUGGCCUCUCAAUUACAUUGCCCUGCAGCUUGCUGUGUCGGCCAACUCGCUGGAGCGUCCAAUGCGGAGCCUUCCCCUGGGGGGGCUGCUGGAAAAAAUGGUCCAGAAAACCAGCCUGGCCACGUUAGAAAUAAUCAUUGCCUCGGGCAGGGGGAUCAGCCAGGUGAGGGACGCCAUUGGCGAGCUCUGGGUACGGCUCCUGGGGUACGUUCCCCGCACCCCUUACACUGAUUCCAUGACCCCCCUGUGCCGCUGCCUGAGGAUCCUGGCCGCGCAGCGGCAGCAGCACAGACAAGCAGCCCACGACUGCAGGGAGCCAGUGGCAUCUCCGACUCCCCAGCAGCUGCUGGCCCGGCUCCUGGUGCUGUCAGCAUCCCCCUUCGAGGGAGAAGGGCGCGGAGUGGCUGCGCUGCUCCUGCUGAACGCCCUGCGCCCUGAGAUGUAUGGGGACGAGGCAGAGCAGUGGUGGAUGGAGAUUCCAGCUAUGGUCCAGUAUCUUGACGGACAUAGCAAGUUCUCUCUGGACCAGACCACGUGGGAGCACAAGCUGUUGGAGUUCCUCCAAAAGACCUUGGGGAGGAGCAAAGAGGGCGGCUGGAGCCAGGAUCUGAGCCACGAGCUGGGCCAGCAGAUGGGCAGCUAUGCCAACGCCUCCGUGGAGAAGGCUUUCCUCUGCAAGGCGCUGGGCACAGCCCUGGCCAUGAGCAAGGAUGUGGCUUCAGUGACAGGGCAGCUCCGGGAGCUGCUGCGCAUGGCCGACUAUCUGAAUGGUGCAGAGAUGGAGUGCCUUGACUCCUGCCUGCAGCUCUGUGCCAGGGAGCAGCUGGAUGCGAUCCUGAGAGCUCUGGGCGACUUUGAGGAGGAAAUGGCAGAGGGGGAGGAUUCCUGGCAUCUCAGCCUGUGCAAGGGCCUGGCCCCACAGGAGAGGGACAGAGUGAAGAGCACCCUCCUGCUGUUCUACAGCAGGGCAGCAGCCCAGGCACCCCCCCAGCAGCUGCUCCCUCGGCUGGCGGAAGAGAUCGUACCCAAAAUCCUGCACCAUUACAGCACCAGCUCCCAGGUGCUGGGACUAAACGCCAGGCAGAUGGACACAGCCCUUACUCUGCGCUUCAUUGAGAGCAUCUCCGCAGUCAGCCUGGCCGUCCAGAGGAGCGGGGAAUCCCAGCCGCACGAGUUUCCCCACAAACAGGUGCUGCUCAGCCAGCUGCUGGAGAUCAUUAAGGCCGAGCCACGGAGCUCCCUGCUCUCCCCAGUUCGCCAGGAGGCAAUGGUGGCCAUCGGGCACCUGAGUAAAGUGAAGCAGCCACUGAGCUGCGAGAAGAAUCAGGAGUUGAUGGAGCAGUGUCUUGAUAGUGUCUUCUCCCUGCCUCCCCAGGAGUUCACUGAGGAUGUGGGGCCCAGCCAGACUCUUUAUGCCAGCACCAUGGCCACCCUGGAGGGGCUGAUGCAGAUAUUGCUGGAGGAGGAGGAGACGCCAGAGCGACUCCAGAGAACCUUCCGGGUGCAGUUGGUGGGGGGCUUGCUCAUUGCCCUGCUCUGCCCACAGCUCCUGCAGAGAUGGCUGGUGUCAGAGCAGGUGUGGGAGCGUGCCCGCGCCAUGCGGGUCAGCACCCACCUGCUGAAGGCAUAUCUCCAGACGGUCACCAUCACCACACAGAUCCCUCCUGGCCAGUUCAGCACUCUGGCUGGGACGCUGGGCCCCUACACCUGUGACUCACUGGGCAGCAUCCGCCAGGGCGCAGGGGACGCCAUUGGGUGCCUACUAGACAUACAAGUUGCCCAGCAGCCCUGGACCCUGAGGGGCCGAGACAAGGCGUGGGCACUGAGGCGCGUGUGUCAGGAGCUGCAGAGUGCAGAUCCCGAGGAGGUGUGGGACGCGUCUAUCAAACUGGCCAAACUUGUCAGCAGGGCCCUGCCCAAGGCGGAGAUCCUGCCCUUCACCCAGACCCUGCUGGAGAGCCUGGGGGCCGUGAGCCAGGCCUGUGACCAGGCCAGUGUCCUGUGGUUUCACACGCUCCUGACAGACCGCGCCACUGACCUGACGGACACAGUCCAGGCCAUCCUGAGCAUCACCAGCACCUACCUGCGCUGCCUGGAGGACCCUGAGCCGAGAGGGCUCCUGGCCCAGGCAGUCUCCCUGCUGGCUCAGCACCACCAGGAGGCUGUGGUCACCUACCUCCUCCAGCGCCCCCUGCCGUUGGAUAAGGACAGCAAGGAGCUCUGGGCAGCUCUGGCUGCCGAGGAUUUCUUCCAGGACAUCCUAAAGGAUUUGCUAGACCGGAUCCCCAGCGGGCCAGCAGCAGAGCAAGGGGCUGAGACCCAGGAGGUAGCAGUUGCCAAUCCCCUCUCGGUGGUCUGUGCCAUCGGUGAGGUGGUGAUGGGGACAGCGGUCGGGGAUGCGCUGGGCUCGCUGCUCCCUGAGCUCUGCUAUGCCCUCCUGUACCAGCUCAGCUGCACCCCGGACAGCGACACGCCAUUGCCCUCCAGGGCUGGGAGACCCCUGGCCAGCCCAAAGGGAGCUGCACCGCCACCCUCCACCCCCCGCAGCCUGACAGUGGCGGCACUCAGAGCCGUGCUCGCCAAGGGCCUGCAGGACGUGGCCAGGACCCUGGACAAGGAGCGAGGCUGGCACCUCCUGGAGGAUCCCCGCAGCUUCCCCGAGGGUGUCUCCCUACUGGCGAGGGCUCUGGGGCAGGUGGGCGACGCACCGCUGGAUAGGAUCCUGCAGCUCCUGUCCCCAUCCCUGAGCUCCCCAUGUGAGGACUGGAGAGUCACCGGCACGGCCUUCUACGCCGAGCUCCUGGGUCACCCCGGGCUGCAGCAGAGGAAGCUGCUGAGACCCGUCCUGGAGCACCUGGUGGCAGGGGCCAGCGAUGAGAGCGACAGCAUCCGCUGGCUGGCGGCGCGCGGGCUGGGGAACAUGGCCCAGGGGCUGCCGCACAAGGUGAAGACGCACAGGCAGCUCCUGCUGGACACCCUGCGCCGCCCCCUGGCUGAGCCCAGCAGCCCCCAGGUCGUGGGCGAGAGCAUGCGGGCCCUGACCAAGGCGCUGGGGCAGUUGAGCGAGAGUGACGUGGGCCGCCUCUCCCAGCCCGUGGCCGCGCAGGCCCGGGCUCACUUCCCACACGAGGACAGCGCCGUGCGCGCGGCAGCAUUUGGCCUCUUCGGGGCCCUGGCCAGCUCGGCCCAGCAGAAGCACCGGCAGCUCUUCGCAGGGGAAGUGAGGAGCAGCUGGGCCGCUCUGAUGCUCCAUCAGCGGGACCCGAGCCCCGAGGCAGCCACGGCCUGCUACACUGCCUUCCAGGCGUGCGCCCCGUUCCUAGGCCUCACGGGGCUCGAGGGAGCCUUUGACAGCGGGCUCCUGACAGGCGCCUCCGGGGAGAGGCACAGACACUUGAUGGGACACGUCUGCAAACAGCUGGCCCAGAAGGACCCUGCGCUGCUGGAGAGUCUCGUCACUGAGACCAGCCUGCACCUCCACAGCCGCUGGGAGGGGAUCAGACUGGCAGCAGCCAAGCUGGCAGGGAUCCUUGCAGAGAACAUGGAGGCCCCGCAUGUCCAGCAGCUGGAUCUGGGCACGCUUCUGUGCUCUCUCCGAGCGCUGCAUGGUGACCCCAGCACUGCUGUCGAGAUUGCUGCGGCAGAAGCCGUCAGCACCAUCAGCCAGAAGCAGCGGGUCGCCCUGCAGGAGCCAGGUCCCAGCCACACGGCCCCCAGAAGCCAAGGGAGGCUGCUCUUUGUGGGGAAGCUCUUCAGGAGGAAGCGGAAGGGGAGACCCCCGGCAGGGCCCCUCGACACUGCAGAGUCAGAGAGCGUCUCCAGCAGCUGA